CGUCUUGAGCGCUUGGCAGUAACUGUCCGUAAUCUCGUAAAGCAGCUCAAAUUUGGAGGAACGCCGUAUCAUUGCUGUCACAACAGUAUCUGGGUUCUAUAGCCAUCGUUACGCUACGCUAGUUACGGUUUGACACCUUGCUAUCGUUAUGUUGGGCCGUCCACUUUCUCCUCUUGCUUCUUCCACAACAACCACAAAUGGGAUGCGAUCCACGAACCGCCCGUCUCUGUCACGAAAACGUGCGGCGGCCAGCAAUCUACCGGUGAUUGAAAUGUCAUCACGUGAAAGGUCUUCAUCAUCACUGUCGCUUCCAUUGGACGUAACGCAAGAAUCAUCAGUUGAGCUAAAGCGACAGCGAUAUGGUAGCUCGUCCUUCAUUGAUGAGUCUUACAGCUCGCCUCUUUCGAACAACUUCGAUUUUUCGUCAAGCGAGUUUCUUAGCUCUUGCGGAUUCGCUUGUCGUGGUCGUUUGUUUAUUGGUGGGAAGAAGCGUGAAAAAUUGGAACCUUUGGUAGGUCCUGCAUGA